CUGAUGCACAACAUUGUGAUGACCCUCAGUCAAAGAUUAAUUGUUGGCUAUGUGUUUGUUGGUGUGUGCAUUCUGGGUGGAAUGUUUUCCACACGCUUCCGUUGCUCAGUCCUCCUGAUGUUCCCCAGCAUCCUUGGUUCUCACGGAAGGGCUUAUCUCAUGCUGUUUGUCCUCUUUGGUCUUUAUCAGGGGCCCAUCUCCAACAUUCCUCGCAACAUUCAGAAUGUGGCUUACUCCAUGGGUUGUAAUAUGGACUUGCAGAUUCAACACAGCAAAGUUAUGUGGAGAGUAGUGAUGGACCCAUUCGUUCAAGUUGUCCAGGAGAUUGUGGACGACACUGGAGAGCUUCAGAGCGAAGCCAAGAACAUUACUAGAAACUUCCAGAGCAUCAGAGAUGAGGUGAUGGGACGGUAUGGGUACACCAACUUUGAACAGGAUUUGGUCACCACAGGCAACAGUACUCAGGAAGUCUUUGCCGCCAAAACAAUGAUGCGCUGUGACUAUGUGGUGGAACAGGGAAUAGAACGCUGCCGGGACUGGUUUGACGUCAAGUGGCAAGAGUGCAUGAAUACCAUUGCUGUCCCUCUCAUCAACCACCUGCUCUGUCUGCCAAUGAAAUUUGAGAUUCUCUGUGAUGUCAUGAAAGUCAUGACACCUUGGUGCAGAGAUGAAAUUCCUGUGGAGGGAAACUUUGGGCAGACCUUUGACAAGCUCAAUUUGUCCAUAGACAAACUCGGAGCAGAGUUCACCACUAAUGUGAUCCUCCAGAAAGUUGAGCAGCAAUCGGUUUUUGGCCUGUCCAUGCUUCAGGAGGAUUUCUCCACAGAACUCAGCAAAACAUUUGAGGAGAAGAAGGCUGUUGUUGACCAGCUGUUGGAAUUAGUUCAUGUCCUUUUGUCCUUUGCUGUCAUUGCUGUGUUUGUUUCUGCAUUUGGAUAUGCAAGACAGUACUGCCAGGAUAUUCGCUUCGACAAUAUUUACAUUACAACAUACUUCAGGCAGAUUGAUGCACGCAGGAGAAAAGCCGGUAAGAGGUAUAUUUUACCCCUGAAGAAGGCAGAGCAGAAACACUUCAUCCACCCCUGGAGCUUCUCCAUCCACCCAACGGAGCUCAAGCUUGUGGUGGUUGGCUUGCUGCAGGUGCUGUCUCUCACCCUCUUCACCUGUGUGCUACUGGCUGUGGACUGGAUCCUUUAUCAUAUCUUUGACAUCAUCCGUAGACACUCAUUCACAGAGUAUACUUUCUCCAGUCAUCACCACAUAGAUAUUGAUGUUGGUGGGGAGUCCAUACUGGCGAAUAUCCUGCGGAAAACAAUUGGCGCUUUCAACACCUCCUCCAGUGUGGAUAUGCAGUCCAGUAACCAGCACUGUCUGCCCCAGCCUCAUGCCUUGACCUGGGAGGAGUACAUGUGGAGUAUUGUCCCUCUCCUCAUAAUGGCCCUCAUGUGCUGCCUGCAGGUGUACAGCAACCGACUGCGCCGGGUCAUCGCAGCCUUCUAUUUCCCCAAGAGAGAGAAGAGGCGAAUUCUGUUCCUCUACAACCUGCAGAUACAGAAACGCAUGAUGUUUGUCAAUAUCCAGCGCAGAAAGCUAAUGACUGCACAAAGGUCACAGAUGUCUAUAUUCUCAGUUCUGAUUGUCCAGAUAAAGCGAUUGGGCCUGAAGUGGUGCUGUGUGUGUGGAGAGCGUCAGAGGAGAGGGCAGGGGAUGGACUGCCCUGGACCUGGUUGUGGAGUGGUCUACUGCCCUCAGUGCUGGAGAGACCUGGACCAGUUCUGUUAUGCCUGUGCUCCAUGCAGACAGCAUGACCCAUUGGACAGUGGCAACGAUACAGAUGUUUAUUAUGUUGACUAAAGUUUUUAA